AUGUGCAGAAACCAGCAAGAAGAGACAGGACAACCGGAGCUGGCGCGGAGCGAGGACUGUGAAUAUCGCAGAGAAGGCGACAUUCACGUCAUCAUGGCGGACAACAAAGAGGCGAUGAGAGAGAAGUGGUCAAAGUGCCCGAGAUACGUGGUUUUCAACGGCUCGGUAGCGAUUCUGGAAGGAGCUGCACAAGACGCAGCCGCCGAGGAGCGAGAGACGGCGCCAUUGCAUGCGUCUACUCGCGAGAAAGAAGGCGGGGGGUAUUAUGGGGCAAGCGGAUCGAAGAAGGCCGGCGGUGCCAAGUAG